GUACUUUUGACCAACCAACACCUCGACAAGCUCGUGGCAUCUCGCAUUGACUUCACUACACGAGGCAUGCUUGUAGGUUCCAUAUUAUCAAGAGCUGUGGCUUCUCUCUCAGAAGAUGAUAUUGAUGAUGGCAAAGUUGUUGAUGGUCUGACAGCUCUCACUUUUGUACAGCUCGCAAGGACACCUCAUAAGUGGUGUUGUAAUAUGACGGUAGUGGCACUGGCAGAGGAAGUUCAUGUUCCACACCUGCAACAUCUCAUCCGCUACUUCCUUUUCUCCCAACUCUUCCCUGAUGACCCCCACAACCCUGAAGAUGUACCUGCCACCAACUGCCCUCAACAUGAUGGGAGUAUUCACAUCUUCAAUUCUGUGGCUGCAACAUUUUAUGCCCCCAGUGAUCCCAGUGGCAUCAGUGGCAUGUGA